GGAAGGCAUGAGGAACGCGUUAUGUGAGCGGGUUGCAUCCUCCUUGAACAAUCAUAACUGAUAGUCAUCAUCAUCAUCAUCAUAAAAGUGGAGGAGAAGGAGGAGGAGGAGGAGGAGGAGGACGAGAAAGAGGAAUAUAUUCGACAAUCCUCGUCUCUUCCAAUUUUUCGUGUAUGUUAUAUGUAAAACUGAUCAAAACACAAUUACCGUUGGAUAAAACGAUAGACCGCGUGUAGUUACCAAGUGAGGUGUCCGCGCCAUGUUGAAUGGAUGACGCAAUCUGUACACAAAACAUUCUGCGUGUAUCGCGAAGGGAGCGGUUUCGACCAACGAAUCGCAAAGACUUUAUAGCCUUUUUAUUCUUCGACAAGACGCAACCUCCCUUUUUCUUUCCUCUCCCUCUCUAUAAUUCUCUUUCGUUCUACCUCUCUCUCUUUCUCUCUCUCUUUCUCACACUCAUUCACUCAGUCCUUUACCCCCACUCAUCCAUCCUUUCACCCCUUCUCCCUCCCUCCCUCUCUCUCUCUCUCUCCUUCUCAUUCUCUUUCUCGCGUUCUCUCAUUUAUCUACUCGCUCGUGUAUAGGAAGGCGCGUCACGCGUCGAUAGAGUAACGAUACGUUCUCGUGGACAAGCUACUACGAAGAUAGAUCGUUAGUGUGACUCAUACGUGUUUAUUCUUCUUCUUAUUAUUUUGAUUCUUAUUCUUCUUUCUUUCUUUCUUUCUCAAUAUCAAAGAGAAUCCCUGUCUUCUUUUUCUUCGAUCUUUCUUCAAGCAAACGGUGCCUCGUCGCCGCUCGCGUCGUUUUACGCGUACGCGUACGCGUGCGCGCGGCCGCGCGCGUAACUUUCGCAUCGACGGAACGAAAAAACAAACGACGAGAGGAUGGCCGCGAAAACUAGUAACGAUCUUGUUGACUAUCUCGGAGAAUAUAGGAGAUACUUCGAGGAGUUCGUUAGAAAAAUUAAUCCGGAGGAUCAAUUGCCUAUGAAGGUUAAUGCUUACAGUAUCACCGAAACAGAACUCGUGGGUGAGAUCAUCUAUUUGACGCUACAAUACAUCAAACAACCACGUUGUCCACGUAAUUUACAAGGAUAUCUCGUUCGUCUUGUAUUGCAAGAAAUAAAGGAAUUAUGCGAGAAACAACCGGAAGAAUGUGGGUUCAAAUUAGAAGCAAAAACAUACGCUCCGCUCAAACUUAUGCAAGCAGUUACAACCAAAGUAAAUGAAAUAUUUACUCGCUAUUUAGACAAUAGUAGAUUAGCAAUGUUACCUCCACCUUCUUCGAAAUUGCCACCUUUGGCAAGAAGUGCCGCACUGAAGAAUGGCAAAAGAAAAAUGGAAGAUAGACACGUAGAGAUUUAUGACCUACAUACUAUUUGUAAUGUACAGAAUGACUCCUUAGCAAGUUACUUCGCAGUAUUUGAUGGACACGGAGGAGAAGAUGCAGCUGUCUAUUGUGCUACGCAUCUACAUCAGUAUUUAGCAGAGAGUAUAUAUUAUCCUACAGAUCCAGAGCGUGCCUUAUGUGACGCUUUUCAUACUACUGAUACAAGAUUUAUUGAAAAAGAGAGAACGCAAAAAGUAAUUGGAGGUACAACUGCAGUCUGUGUAUUAUUGUUGGAUAAAAAAUUAUAUAUUGCUUGGGUAGGAGAUUCUUUAGCUAUGUUAGUGAAACGUGGCAAAGUGGAAGAAUUAGUAUACCCUCAUAGACUAUCUCGAUAUGAUGAAUCCGAGAGGAUACAACAAAUGGGUGGGAUGCUGGCAUUUAAUCAGGGCACAGUGCGAGUUAAUGGAGUUCUAGCCGUGUCCCGUGCUAUUGGAGACGUACAGUACAAACCCUAUGUAACGAGUACUCCGGAUACACGUUGCAUUUCUUUAGAUGGUACCGAGGAUUUUGUUAUAAUUGCUACCGAUGGAGUUUGGGACUUUAUCAACACAUACGAUGCUGCUAUGAUCAUUUACGUCGCGAUACGAGAAUAUCCUGACGAUCCAAAUUACGCCGUAACGAGCUUGAUAAAAGCGGCCAAACACGCGGGCUCUUUGGACAACAUUACAGCUAUCGUGGUCUUCUUAACGGCACCAAGUGAUAUCGUAGCGAGGUCGAGCGACGCCAAUUCUGUUCUCGUCGUGAAAUCGAUGAAAAACAUGGCCGUGAACAAUCCAUACGUACAGAAGGAUCUUAGCGAUGGCUUGUUCUUCAAGCAGAUGAAGCAAUACCAACAGCAACAUCAGCAGCCUUAUGACAACGAUCAAGAAGAGAGGCACGCUAAUGGAUCGGAAGAAACGGCAAUGGACGACGGUGGUUUUCACGAUGAGAUAACAGGCGGUGGUGCUGAUGGAAAACACGAAGAGAACGAUGCCGCAGAUUAUAUUUACGAGGAUCUUGGACCAGAGACAGACGUCGAUGCUGUCGAUGACGUCGACAACGUGGACAACCUGGACAAUUUGGAGAAUGAAAACCCAUUACUCGACAAUGUUCCUUCUAUUGCUGCCAAUCUCUCGGAUGGAAUAUUUCUAGAGGGAAAAAAUAUGCCUAAGUGUGAUGAGAACAAUUUCCAGGAGGAGAAUGCAGCCCUAAAUGUAACCCUUGAAACAACCCUCGACGACGACGACUCGCCGGCCAACAACGACAUAAAAGCUCUUCAGCAUGCACUGUUACCCGAGGCGGAUAACGUAGCGGAUAGCGAGGAUUCCGAGGACGAGUGGAAUUACUAUCGUGUUGGGCCAAACAAAGAGAAAGAUACAGCUGCAUCUUCCGAAGAGCUCAACGAAAUAAAGAACGACAACGAAAAUAAGAACGUUGAACAUCUUGACGAGGAUAACAACGUGGAGGAACCAUCUCGGUCUCCAACGUCCGAACAUAAUAGUAGCAGCGAAUGUGAGAGUCAAAAGGGGGAGGAAAUAUUACCUGAGCUUAUUAACACUGAUAUUAGCGUCGAAGAAAAUAAAGAAUUUGACUCUACGUUCGUAAAACUAGAAAAGGAAGAGGAAGAAGAGCAAAAAGAAGCUGAAAAGGAAGAAACCGAAGAGAAAGAAGAGAAAGAGCACGGUUUUGUAGAAGAGGAGGAAGAGGAAGAGGAAGAAGAGGAAGAGGAAGAAGAAAAAGAAAAAGAAGAGAAAGAAUACGAAGAAAAGGAAAAAAAAGAGGAUAGAGGAGGAGAGGACGAAGAGGAAGUGGAUAAGCAAGAACAAGAGGAAGAUAUGGAUUUUCAAUUGAAUCCUAACGCGGCUGAAUUUAUUCCGAUCUCGCCGCCUAAACGUCAAAUUAAGCUCAAUACCAUAAACGAUAGUCUCGUUGCGGGUUCUCCUUUGAAAACUAUAGCGAUGGAUGAUAUUAAAGUGCCGAGUCAAAAAGAAUUUGACGAGGAAAUAUCUGCCAGGCCUCAUGAGAUCGAAGAGGAAGAUUCAUCCCCUAAUGGCGAUCAUACAACGCAUUCCGAUUAUGAUUUUUAUACGGAACAACAAAAAAUAAUUAAUCCAUUAUCCACCGCCGCCGUUGCUGCUGGUUUAGAUGAAUCUGAAAUUUCUUCGACCAAAGCCGAAUACGGGGAUGAAACGAUGAGCUUUCUAUGUACAACGACUACUGAUUUACAUAAAACUGAAAUUUCCACGAUGGAAGAAUCCUUUGGGGAUUCCGACUGUGACAUUUAUAACAGAGAUAAUCCAAUGACGAUGUCCUAUGCUCCGUGUGAUUUCAAAGCGGCCUUUAAUAAGGAAGUAGAUUUAAAUGCUGUUCACGAUUUAAGCGAUGGGGAUUUAGAGGAUGAAAAUUACUCUUCUGAAGGACGAAUUCCCCAGUCACCGAAGGCAAUAUCAUCAACGGAUAUAGAAGAACGUCGUACGGAAUUUGAUACGUUGUCUAAUGGUGACUCAUCUAAUCAAGUUCAAACAUCAUCGUUAUUAUCAAAGGAUGAUAAUACUUUCUUAAAGUUCGAAGAUUCGGACGAACCGAAAACUGCGGAAUUUAUUCAAGUUGAAUUGGAACGUCAUCAAUCAUCUCCAAUCAAUUCUUUAUCCGAGCAAGAUUUUUCGAAGGAAGACGAUGAAAAAAGAUCAUCUUCUUCUUUGUUGUUAGAUAAUAAGGACGAGAUGAUACAUGUUAAGCGAGAUAAUGAGGAAGAGAAAGAAGAAAAAGAUAAAGAAAAUGAACGUGUGGAAACACCGAAAGAAGCGGAAUAUAUCGACGAUGAAAAAGAUAUCGCAAUGGACAAUAAUAUUGUCACGAGUAGCGACAACGAGUUUCUCGUAGACAAACCGGUCGAAAUUGCAACAGAUCUAAUUCAAUCCGAAAUAUUACAAAAUACGAUAUCCCAGGAAGAGCAGCAUAACUUUUUGUCGUCUACGAUCGACGAAUCAUCAAAAUCAGUUUCUCCGUUUAUGCCAUCGAUUGAAACAGAACUCGUAGAUACAUCUCCGGAUCUAUUGAAAAACGAUUUAAUCGCUUCCACGGAAAAUCUUACGUUAGUUAAUAAAGAGGAAGAUCGUCCCAUUAUGGUUUCUAAUUUAUGUUCAGACGUUUCAGAAUUUCAAAUGAAUAAGAGUUCCUUCGAUCCGUUUGCUUCUGGAGAACCAGCAUUAUCUGAUAUAUCUUCGAAACCAAUACUUUUAGACAAUUCAAUGGACAUAAUUGCACAGCCUGUUCUAACAGAACAUCACCCAGAAUCCUCUUAUCUACCGACUCUUAUCUCUUCUGAGCCAAUCUUCAACGAUCGACCUAUCGAGAAUUUGUUAGACCUUAAAGAAACUACCACUGAAGUGCCUACGACAGAUCACAUCGAAGAAAGCAAAGCUGUAGAAUAUCCUCAGUCUUCUUCUACUUUCGAAGAUAUUACAGAAAAACCGUCACGACUUAUGGAAGAAUCUGUAUGUCUUUUUGAUACAAACAAACAUAUUGAUUUAAGUCAAGAUAUUCAUCUGAAAUUGGAAGAUUCCUCGGAGACAAAGUCUAUUGACAAAAUUGAAAUCGACGUUAAUGAAUUUGAAAAAGUCAACGAAACAGUCGCAUUAAAUUUGUCAGAAUCUAUACAAGAAUUUACAGGUUUGGAAAAACAAUUAGAACCUGAUAAUAUUACACCUGAGGAAUCUCCAAUAAUCGAAACGGCUCCAACCAUCGAAGAUAAAAUCACGACAGAAGAUAUUGUUGAACAUAAGGAGUCUCCUGUACAAGAAACUGUCGAAGAAAAAUUACUUUUAGAUACGAAAGAAAAAGAAGUAGAAGAAGAGGAGGAAGCAUUAGAAGCUAAGGAAGACGCAGAAAUUGUACAGGUUGCGGAAACAACACAGCCAGUUGCUACUACAGAAUUAACAGAAUUUUCAAAGUCUACAGAACUUGUGACAUCCGUAGAAAAUAUCGAAAUUGAAAAAGCUUCGGACGCUUUCGAACUAGUAACACCUGUAGAAACUACAGAAAUAUCAACGCCUACAGAUACUGAAAAAACUGUCGUUUCUAUGGACAUCGUAGAAAGUGACGUACCCGAGAAAAUUGUAGAAAUUACGAAGCCUAUAGAUACUACUACCGUGGGAAUUAUAGAUACUGCAGAAGUUGCAGGGACGGCAGAAGUUGCAGGUACUACAGAAAUCACAGGUACUACAGAAAUCGCAGGUACUACAGAAAUCGCAGGUACUACAGAAAUCGCAGGUACUACAGAAAUCACAGGUACUACAGAAAUUACAGGUACUACAGAAAUCGCAGGUACUGCAGAAAUCACAGGUACUGCAGAAAUUGCAGGUACUGCAGAAAUCACUGAGACUGCAGAAAUCAAAAAGACUGCAGAAAUCGCAGGUACUGCAGAAAUCACAGAAACUGCAGAAAUCGCAGGUACUGCAGAAAUCACAGAGACUGCAGAAAUUGCAGGUACUGCAGAAAUCGCAGGUACUGCAGAAAUCGCAGGUACUGCAGAAAUCACAGAGACUGCAGAAAUCGCAGAUACUGCAGAAAUCACAGAGACUGCAGAAAUCGCAGGUACUGCAGAAAUCACAGAGACUGCAGAAAUCGCAGGUACUGCAGAAAUUACAGAGACUGCAGAAAUCGCAGGUACUGCAGAAAUUUCAAGUAUUGCAGGUUUUGCAGAAAUUGCAAGAAUCGCAGAGACUGCAGGAAUCGCAGAGACUGCAGGAAUCGUCGCAGAGACUGCAGGAAUCGUAGAGUCUGCAGGAAUCGUAGAGUCUACAGGAAUCGUAGAGACUGCAGGAAUCGUAGAGACUACAGGAAUCGUAGAGACUACAGGAAUCGCAGAGACUGCAGGAAUCGUAGAGACUACAGGAAUCGCAGAGACUACAGGAAUCGUAGAGACUACAGGAAUCGCAGAGACUGCAGGAAUCGUAGAAACUACAGGAAUCGCAGAAACUACAGAAAUCGCAGAGACCACAGGAAUCGCAGAGACCACAGGAAUCGCAGAGACCACAGGAAUCGCAGAGACCACAGGAAUCGCAGAGACUAUAGGAAUCGCAGAGACUCCAGGAAUCGCAGAGACUGCAGAAAUCGCAGAGACUGCGGAUACUGCCAAAACUAUAGACAUUUCUGAGACUGUAUCGAUAACACAGGAUGUAGAAAUACAAAAGAUUACUGAACCUGUGAAAGUGGAAGAACCACAAAAGACCGAAGAAGAAGCAGUUGUCGAACCACCAGGAAUCGAGGUAACCGCGACAGAAGCUAUCGUGGCUGCAGCUGCAGUUACUACAGCAGCAGGAUUAGUCACGACAGUAGCAGCAACGAGCACGAGUAAUAAAGCCAAAGCAAAGCCUACGACAAAAUCAAUGAAGCCUGGCAGCAGUGCAAGUACUACUAAGGCUGCGGCACCAAAGUCUACUCCAACUUCUCCAUCGAAGACUGUCUCCUCGACAACAAGAUCAACGACUUCAGCGACAACAACGAAAAAGCCGGCCGGAACUACGGCAGCUCGUCCUAAACAUCUCGAUACAGCUGGCACCAAGUCUCAAACUACUACUAAUGCAGCAAAAUUAAAUGCGACAAAGACUGUAUCGACUAGCAAAACAUUAACAACAGCAACGUCAACAACAAAAUCUGCUCCUGCGCGUCCAAGCAGUUCCCUUACGAAAUCAAAACCUGCACCAGCUUCAGCGAGAAGUAAUACUAGCUCAGUAGAAAAGAAAUCUGUUUUAAAUGGCGACGUUAAAUCUCUUAGUAAGACAACAGUCACGAAAGCUGCUACCAAAUCGACUAUUACGUCUACGUCUACCGCGGCCAAAGUUAGUAGCACAAGUAAAACUACGACGGGUUCGCGAACAUCGUUUAGUACGACGACGUCGACGACGACGACGACAACGGCACCAACGACUGGCAAAUCAAGAUCGACUUCCGCUAUAACAGCAGCUAAAUCACCGGCCAAAUCAGCUGGUACAAAUGCGGCUAGUGGUUCAUUAAAUGCAACGAAAUCAUCUAAAACCACUUCGACUAGUAAUAAUACGGCGAAGGCACGUACUUCUCUUGCAAAAUCACCAAUGAUCGACAAACAAAUCAAGGAGACUGCUAAUAAGCAAAUCUCUAUGGCACGUACCACGAGUUCUCCUAUAUCUAAAACCACAACGCGUUCUUCUAUGUCCGCUACUACUAUCCUUAAUACUAGUUCGACCACGAAACGUUUGUCGAGCCAAAAAUUAACUAGCACGACGACAACAGCAGCACAUUCACCAGUGAAGAAGGUUACAUCGAAAGUUGCGUCUGGACACUCGUCGGGUGCUACUACUAAAUCUUCGUCGACGACUAAAGUGAAAGUAAUGCAAAAUGGAACGGCGGAUAACGUUGAAAUCACUAAAACAACAAUAAUAACAACAAAUAGUAAAAAUGAGGAUGACGUACCUGAAAAGGAUUUGUCGCCUGUAGUCGCACACACCGAUAACCAGUUGAUUUCGAGUGCCGAUUGAAUGACUCGACGAUAAAAGAGCAUAUCUUGUAUCGAUCCGCUGAUUAUUAUAAUACGAGCCCGAAACCCUUUUAAAAUUACGCGGAUCGUGAUCGUUACAUACUAUAAUAAUACUUUUUUUUCUCUUUUUUUUUUUACAUUUUUUUUUUUUUUUUAUAUUUUAUUCUCACGAGAAGGAUUUAAACGAGAUCCACAUCGUCCUCUGGUAGCGUUUUAGGGAACAUUUAUCGAAGGGAGAAGUUUUUACUCUACUUACAUAAAUAUUAAUCUAAUAUAUAUAUAUAUGCGCACAUACACACAUAUAUAUAUAUAUUAUAUAUAUAUAUACGUAAAAUGAACAUACGCAUACACAUACACAAACACAUAUACAUAUACAUUUUCACGUAAUGAAAAAGAAGAAAAAACACAAAACAAAAAAUAGCCCACACUUGGAUCUGUUUUAAUCUUGUGACAAAGAAACGACAUGCAACAAACAAAAUUUUAUUGCAUACUCUUAGCUUUCGACUGUUUCGGUUGUGUGCCGCAGCAAAAAAGGAUUAUAUAUCCAAUUUAGAUAUCUAAAUCGGUGAGGAAGAAGAAAAACGAAAAGAAAAAAAGUAAAUAAAUAAAUAGAAAAAGAUACAAAAAAAGAAAACAAAAAUAAAAGGAAAGAAUGAAAAGGACGAGAGAAAGAGACAGACGGACGGACAGACAGACAGACAGAGAGAGAGAGAGAGAGAGAGAGAGAGAGAGAGAGAGAGAGAGAAAAGAGAAAAAGCAAAGCGGGAAAGAUGUGCGAGCGUGAUAUGUGUGAAUGUACGAAUGAAAGAUAGAUAGAAUGAAAGGGCGAAAGAAAGAAAGAAAGAAAGAAAGAAAGAAAAAAAAAGAGAAAGAGAGAGAAAGAAAGAUUCUGAAUAAUUUUGUUGUGUAAAUAAUCGGAUGUGUUUCUCGAAGUGAUUUAUCGUAAUUAUCCCGUGGUCUAAGAUUGCGAAAAGUCAUCUGGUGCUCGUAAAUGGCCCCGUAGUUCACAGCAGACUCUAUGUCCUACGAAGAAUAUAUAGCCAAGAGAAAAAAAAAAAAAAAGAAAAAAAAAAGAAAAAAAAACACAUUGUCGUAUAUUAAUAAUGGCAAAAAAAUAGAAGAAGAAGGAGGAGGAGGAGAAGAAGGAGAAGCUUACGCAUCGCACUUUCAUACGCUAAUAAAAUCGACGAUAUCGAAUAAGUCGCCGGCAUAUUAUUGCUCUUAACGUAUAUAACGAGACCGGACGGUUUUUUUAUAUUUUUUAAUUUUAUAUGUGCAUUAUAUAAUUGAUAAAGAUUAGUCGUCGUAUUUUAUGAAAAAGAAACGCAUAUAUUUAUUUUUGUUUGUUCCUAUUUCUGAAGAGAGAAGAGUUGAGAGUACAUUAAGAAGGAGAGAAAUAAUAAUAUUAUUAUAUAGCUUUGUCAUCGUAUUACAUUACACACGAACACACACAUAUAUACAAACACACGUACUAUUCAUCUGUGUACAGCACCUUUAUGAUUUAUUGUGAUACCAUAUAUAUUAUUAAAUAAAUCCAAACAGUACGAAGUCACA